AUGCCGGAACCGAGGCAGCAGCAGCAGCAGCAGGAGGAGGGUGGCUUCAACUUCCGGACCAUCAUCCAGGGUAUCGCCAUCUUUGUCCUCGUCCAACUUGCUAUGGGCCAGUUUUUUGGAAACAAGAAUCAAGCUCAAGGUGGUGUAAAGACCGGUCCAACAGGUCAGAUCCCUGCUUAUAUCGAUCGCCCUGCCCGCAAUGAAAUCGAAAACUACAACGCUAUCCCGAGCGGUAUUGCGCCGAUGUGGCCGCCUAACAGUUCCUUGGAUAUCAGCAUCUACGUAUCCCCAUCGAUCCGUAUGCCCCCAUUGUCGGCCGUUCCGCAGGAUUCCCUCGUGAUGGAAGAAAAGGCAUUCAACAUGGCUAAUUGGAGUGAGAGUCGUGAGAUUGAUACUACCUUCAAGGUGCCCAAGGAGGUGCAGCAGAAUGGAACCCUCUGGGCCCACUUCUACGUUGCUUUGAGUGGUCAUCAGCUCGAUCCAGCUGCCAAGGACUACAGUCCUGAGAGUGCCGUUCACUUCCUUCGCCCAUUGAACCAGUACCUGCCCAAAAAGAAAGUUGCCAAGCGCAAGAAUCUUCUGGCAAGCUCCGAGGAGACCGCGGAUCAGGAGGGGGAUACUACACCAAAGUACUCGAUUUCCUCUUAUUAUCACCCCAACUUCACCGUGUCUGUCAUCCCCGACUUUGGCGUGGCAAACUACCAGCAAAUGCAUCCUGCAGUCCGACAGUAUGUGCAUUUGGAAAGCACCGGUGCGCGUGAUAUCACAGGCCAGAAUACAUGGUACUACCCUGUCUUGUAUCUUAACACCUUUUGGCAACUCAGAUCGCACAUGACCGAGCUCAAUUCUACUGUCGAGACUCUGCCUCUUCGUAUCGUGUUGAACAAUUUGAGCAACUGGAAGUUUAACAUCUUGGCCAGCAUGGAUGAAGGCGCAAAGCAAAACUCUCGCAACGCAGCUAAUGGACAACCUGUUCCUGGCGGCGGUGAUGGAACUGAGUUCGAGAUGAUCAAGGAGGUUCUUCUGAACACCAACAUCUAUCUUCUCGGUACCACCGCCAUUGUUAGUGUGUUGCACAUGAUCUUUGAGACUCUUGCUUUCAAGAACGAUAUCGCUCAUUGGCGCAAGAAGAAAGACAAUAUCGGUACCUCGGUUCGUACUAUCAUAGCUAACAUCUUUAUGCAACUGGUCAUUUUCCUUUACCUCAUCGAUAACAAUGAGAACACAUCCUGGAUGGUCCUCGCAAGUCAAGGAUUUGGAAUCGCUCUUGAAGCUUGGAAAGUUACAAAGACAGUGGAUGUUCGCCUCCGCCCUCCUCCACAGAACUCGUUCUGGUCUUUCCUACCCUAUGUUGUUUCUUUUGAAGACAAGCAUAAACUCAGCGAAACCGAAAAGAAGACUCAAGAAUACGACGAAAUUGCCUUCAAAUAUCUUUACAUCGUGGCCUUGCCAUUGUUGGGUGCAUAUGCUGUCUACAGCUUGAUGUACGAAACCCAUAAAUCUUGGUACUCUUUCAUCAUCCAGACUCUCGUAGGCAGUGUCUACGCAUAUGGUUUCCUCAUGAUGGUUCCAAGCUUAUACAUCAACUAUCGUCUCAAGUCUGUUGCCCAUAUGCCUGGAAGAGCAUUGAUGUACAAGUUCCUCAACACUUUCAUCGAUGAUCUGUUUGCCUUUACGGUCAAGAUGCCAUGGCUCUAUCGCCUUGGAACUCUCAGAGAUGAUGUCAUAUUCUUUGUUUGGGUCUACCAGGCUUGGAAGUACAAGGUUGACUACAAGCGUGUCAACGAAUUCGGCCAGGGAGGUGAAUCAGACGAGGAGGUUGAGGAAGAAGUGGUCUCGAACACUGUCAAGGAGACCAAGGAGGUCAAGGAGGUCAAGGCAGACAAGGCAGACAAGGCCAAGUCUACUGGUGCCGCUAAGGCUGCUGGUGCUUCUACACGUCGGCGAAAGUAG